AUGGGGCGCCGCUGGGGCCCUGUGGGCAACCGGCUACAACAGGAGCUGAUGACCCUUAUGAUGUCUGGUGACAAAGGAAUUUCCGUCUUCUCUGAAUCAGACAACUUGUUCAAAUGGGUAGGGACUAUCCACAGAGCAGCCGGCACUGUAUAUGAAGACCUGAGGUAUAAACUCUCCCUAGAGUUCCCCAGUGGCUACCCUUACAACACACCCACAGUGAAUGUGAAGUUCCUCACACCGUGCUACCACCCCAACGUGGACACCCAGGGCAACAUCUGCCUGGACAUCCUCAAGGAUAAGUGGUCUGCCCUGUAUGAUGUCAGGACCAUCUUGCUCUCUAUCCAGAGCCUGCUAGGAGAACCCAACACUGAUAGCCCUUUGAACACACAUGCUGCAGAGCUCUGGAAAACCCCCACAGCAUUUAAGUACCUGCAAGAAACCCAUUGA